AUGGUAAGUCAGGCGAUAGGAGCUGAUCAACCACGAGCUCAAUGGUAUUGGAAAUCAAAUUCUGAUCCAUGGUCAACAAAUGGAAAUGAAGAAUGGACAAAAUAUUCUGAUAUUGAAUCAGCGAUUAUCGAACAAGCAUUUAAUCAAAAGAAUAAAACAAAACUAGCUGAACUAGAUAAUUAUUCGAUUAACUUAAACGAUUCCAUUCAAAUCAGUAAAUCGGAUCCAAAUAAACAACGGCAAAUAAAACGGGUUCUAACUAGUAGAAAUGAAAGUCAAGGUUUAAGAGAAGAAAGAUUCU